AUGGCGGCGGACGGGGACUGGCAGGAUUUCUAUGAGUUUCAGGAGCCGGCCCAGAGCCUCCAGGACCAGGAGAACUGUAACGCAAGCCUCGAAGCCGGAGCUGGGGCGUGCGGGGGAGGCGACAGCUUCCCGGCGCUGGCCUGCAGUUUGGAAGAGAAGCUGAGCCUGUGUUUCCGCCCCUCGGGCGCGGGCCCCGAGCCCCCGCGGGCGGCCGUGCGGCCCAUCACGGAGCGUAGCCUCCUACAGGGGGACGAGAUUUGGAAUGCCCUGACAGAUAAUUAUGGAAAUGUAAUGCCUGUGGACUGGAAAUCAUCCCAUACCAGGACUUUGCACUUACUUACUCUGAACCUCUCAGAAAAAGGGAUCAGUGACACUUUGUUCUUUGAUACAUCAGAUGAUGAGGAACUUCGAGAGCAGCUGGAUAUGCACUCAAUCAUUGUCUCCUGUGUCAGUGAGGAGCCCCUCUUCACUGCAGAUCAGGUUAUUGAAGAAAUUGAAGAAAUGAUGCAGGAAUCCCCAGACCCAGAAGAUGAAGAAACCCUCACACAGUCCGACCGGCUUUCAAUGCUUUCCCAGGAAAUUCAGACCCUUAAGCGAUCUAGUAUGAGCAGUUAUGAAGAGAGAGUGAAAAAGCUCUCAGAGUCUGAAUUAAAUGAACUCCUGGAAGAAAUCGAGACCGCCAUUAAGGAUUACUCUGAAGAGCUGGUGCAGCAGUUGGCACUGCGAGAUGAAUUGGAGUUUGAGAAGGAAGUGAAAAACAGCUUCAUUUCUGUUCUUAUUGAAGUGCAAAACAAACAGAAAGAGCACAAAGAAACAGCCAAAAAGAAGAAGAAGCUCAAAAACAGCAGCUCUCAGAAUGGCAAGCACGAGAGGAGUCAUAUGCCUGGCACACGCUUCAGCAUGGAAGGGAUCUCAAAUGUCAUUCAGAAUGGCCUCCGCCACACCUUUGGAAAUUCAGGUGGAGAGAAACAGUACUUGACAACAGUCAUUCCUUAUGAGAAAAAAAAUGGACCACCAUCUGUUGAAGAUCUUCAAAUAUUAACAAAAAUUCUUCAUGCCAUGAAGGAGGAUAGUGAAAAAGUCCCAGGCUUGUUAACUGACUAUAUACUGAAAGUUAUUCAGGCAACAGAUUUGCAAAGCAUCACAAAAUGCAUCUUGAUCAAUCUUGAUCAAAUUUUGAGACUGUUCUUCUGGGAAGCAGUACCCAUCUCUUCUGCUCCUCCUGCUCGGGACCCAACUCCUGUCAGCAAGCUCAGUUCUCUCUCCGCUGUACUUGCCUCUGACAAGCUGUUUGUGUUCGUGUGCUGUGGUUUGUCUUGUGCGGACUGGGUGGACAAAGAGUCCGACUCCAGUGGCACAUCUGUAGUCUGA